GGAAUUGUUAUCGAUAAUCGAUAUGCGGCGUGGUAGGUGAUUAUCGGUGAUAGGCAUUAGGUAGCAUCACCAAAGAAGAAGAAUUUUUCCCUCCAAAAAACUUUUUUUAUUUUACCAACGCUCAGACAUUGUUUACCAACUGAAUGAGUAAACAAACUCGAUGACCACCAUUCUAGACAACUUCCAACGCGCCGAAAAGAUCGGCGAGGGCACCUACGGGAUAGUUUACAAGGCGCGUAGCAACUCUACCGGCCAGGAUGUGGCGCUCAAAAAGAUUCGACUGGAAGGCGAAACUGAGGGCGUUCCUUCGACGGCCAUUCGAGAGAUCUCCCUGCUCAAGAACCUUAAGCACCCGAAUGUGGUACAGCUCUUCGACGUGGUCAUCUCCGGCAACAAUCUGUACAUGAUAUUCGAGUACCUGAACAUGGACCUAAAGAAGCUUAUGGACAAGAAAAAGGAUGUUUUCACCCCUCAGUUGAUAAAGAGCUAUAUGCAUCAGAUAUUAGAUGCAGUCGGCUUUUGCCACACCAAUCGUAUACUCCAUCGCGAUCUCAAGCCCCAGAACCUUCUCGUGGACACUGCGGGCAAAAUAAAGUUGGCUGACUUUGGCCUUGCAAGGGCUUUCAACGUGCCUAUGCGAGCGUACACCCACGAAGUCGUUACCCUUUGGUACCGAGCUCCGGAGAUUCUGUUGGGCACAAAGUUCUACUCCACGGGCGUGGACAUCUGGAGCCUAGGCUGCAUUUUCUCUGAGAUGAUUAUGCGCCGCUCCUUGUUCCCCGGUGACAGCGAGAUCGAUCAGCUUUAUAGGAUAUUUCGAACCUUAAGCACACCCGACGAGACAAAAUGGCCGGGUGUGACACAGCUGCCAGACUUCAAAACAAAGUUUCCAAGAUGGGAGGGAACUAACAUGCCACAGUCCAUAACCGAACACGAGGCUCACGAACUCAUAAUGGCAAUGCUGUGCUAUGAUCCCAACCUGCGCAUCUCAGCCAAGGACGCACUGCAGCAUGCUUACUUCAGCAAUGUGCAGCAUGUUGACCAUGUGGCCCUGCCUGUGGAUCCCAAUGCCGGCAGCGCUUCGCGCUUAACGCGGCUUGUCUGAUCGUGUCCCAUAGCCGCAGAUAAAUUACUUGUGAUUUUUAGUAUACUGCCAGCUCAAUUUCAUGCAUUCCCCAUCCUCACUCGCACCUAACACAUACGACAAAUACACGAUCAUCCAUAAGUAAA